GCACCAAUUUUUAUAUUAACAAUUUGUCAAAUGAGUUUAUGUGAAAUGGGUCUCUCAUUAUGAAAGUAUCAACUGGCUCUGCAGUUCGCCUCAGUUCUACUUUGUUAUUUAGCACGUUAGCUCAUAGUUUCAGUUUUACAGCCUGCGACUUCACUGUUCUGUUUACCACCACCACGUCCACUUUCAUAACUCCAGCUGCAGCAGGAGUUUUCAGCAAGACAUCUCUGAUAACCCAUCAUACGCUACCUGCCCAGCAACAAUUAUUAUUAGUAAUAAUAACCAGGUGCAAUGAUUACAUCAUGUGUCCCAAUUACCCAGGUGAAAUGAAAUAAAUCACAUUGUCACAAUCAUUUCAUGGAAAGAGGUAAAAAAUAUUUUAUUCCAACUUUAUGAGCAACAGUGUAUAUAUAUAUAUAGACUUUGUAUGUGAACCUUUAUUAUUGCACUAUCCCUACAUCAUUUUUUUUCUUUUUAGUUUUAGUAUAGCCUAUAUUUUGAUAGAUAAUGUCCCUCAUGUUAUAAGUAAAAUAUUAACAUUGCGUGUAAAUACUGAUUUAUUUUUUGUUUUGUUUGUUUGUUUUUUUCCCCUAAAAUGCAGUUAGCAAAACCUUUUUUCAGCUUCUCAGGCUACAUACACUCUCAGCAACCUUUGCUGAUACGGUAGGGAAGGUUGUAAGUCACCUGAGAUGCAAAACUGAGGGCAGAAAAGCUUGCUCUGCUUGUUAAACUCAUGGCUGUGAGCACAUGUAAAAAAUAAAAAAAAAAGAAUAAAAGAGAACACACUAAGAUGAGCAUAUUAACAUUUUUAUCGAGUCAGGUCUUCCUGCAUUCAGACUAUAGUGACGGGACACUCAGAGAACAGUGUGUGUGGUGACUUCAGGAAGAAAAGCAGGGGUGGGCCCUCGCAGUCACUUCCUUCCUGUGUACAGAAUAUAGCCGCUUGCUGUAAACAGAGGGAGUGAGAAAGAGAAUGACAGAGGAAGAGAGAUAGACAAAUUCAGAAAAAGCACAGUAUGUUUUAAAAGAUAUAAUUCAUAAAACAGGGGACACUCCACUCCGACAAGAUUAUCUGAAGCAAAGAAAUGAAUAUUUUCACACAGUUACAAGUGACAAUCCCACCAAGAGAGACACAUCCUAUAAUACAAUGUAUAAUCAACAAAAACCUCAAGAACCUCAAAAAAUUACUGAAAGACGGUGACAUUCAUAAAGUCUUCCCAUGCAUUAAGUGCAAUGAUUAUAUCACCCCACUGAUUGCUGCUGUUGUAAAUCACAAGGAAGAUAUUUGCUCUUACCUUCUACAACAGGAAGUGGACCCAAAUGCUGCUUCCCAAAAUGGCUGGACACCUUUGCAUUAUGUCUCAAUGUCUAGAGCACCACCUAUAUUUGUCAGGAAACUACUUGAAGCAAAAGCUCAUCCAAAUGUAUGCACUCUACAGCAAUACACACCACUGCACACUGCUGCCAUCAAUGACAGGGAGGAUGUUGUGAAAGAGCUCCUGUCUGCUGGUGCAUUGGUAACAGUUUUACCUCCUCAUCCUGAACAUAGUAGUCACAAUAAGAAAAUAGUAAAGAUAAUUCACAACUUGGCAUCCAAGGGACAUGAACUAUGCUCCAAAAUCAAAUAUUUUGUUGAAAUGGACAUUGCUGUGCGAGAGAAACCACAUGAAGAAGUGUUCAGAACUUUUGACAGUCACAUGUUGCGGGAGGAUCCUCAGACCCAUCUGACCAUGAUUGAAAUACUUUUUACUGUAACUGGACAAGAUCAGGAAAAAUACCGCAAGGAAAGUAUGAAAUGGCUGAAGGACAUUGAAAAUGUGAACUCCUACAUUAAUGGGGCAGUGCGUCGCUUUCCAAACAUUCUCCAGCAAAAUGUGUGUCAGGCAAUUGAUACUUUACAUGCAGUUUUCUGCACAAUGAAGGAAAUACCAAAUGGGCAAUCACUAGCUAUAAUCCCCCAACUACUGGAACUACUUUGCUCAAAAAAGAGACCUGAUAUUUGGCAAGCUGUUCAGCAAACACUAUAUGUGAUAACACAGAAAACAAAAGGCACAAAUGAAUGGGAUCGCAGUUUUAUUGAGAAGUUAUACAACACAAUUGCUCCCUUUGUGAAGGAUCAAUACUCCUCUGACAUUAGAGUCUACACAUAUGGCAUAUAUGCAAACUUGCUCUCAGUUGAACAUGCUGUUAACAUCUUUACAACAGUGGGGAUAACUUCAGUGCCUGAGGACAUACUGACAUCUGCAGAUAUGAAAAUGAAUGACAAGCUGAAAGAAGCGCUCAGACGAUUGAAAAAUCAUUUAAGCCAUCCAGAUGGGGAAUGUGAGGAUGGUACAGUCUCACCUGAAGCCAGGAAAAAGAAAAAGAAGAAGAAGAAAAAGAGGAAGAAGUCAGAAAAGACUGAAGACCCAAAUGAUGAAGUUUGCAGUGCUUCAAUUGAUCCAGCAGCAGUUCCUGUUGAGGAAUCAACUUCAAAUGCAAAGCCGUUGCACUUAAAUCCAACCAAAUCACAAGUGACACAAGAAUGGUCACCAGUCAGCAAGAGGUGGAGGGAGAAACUAGAGAAGCUUGUGAGCAUUGAUGAAAGGAAACUCACCAGAAUUAAGAGCAUCAUUUAUGUAAAUGAUGCAGAAUUGCGCAUAGCAAAGGGAAGUGAUGGUACUGAAGUCUUCUUGGGGCUGAGAGAUGAUGGCACUGAAGUUGCAAUCAAGAGAAUGUCUAAAAGCAACUAUCAAGUUCUGAAGAAUGAGGAAGGACUUCUACGACUUCCAGAGCUUGAUCACCCUUUUAUUGUACGAUACAUUGACUUUGCGGAGGAUGAGAACUUUGGAUAUCUUUGUCUUCAACUCUGUGAAUACACCUUGGAAGAAUAUAUCAGAAAAACUCAUGACAGUGAGCUGAUAAAGAAACUUGUCAGGGAGGUUCUCGAAAGUUUAAGUGCACUUCAUUGUCAAAAUCCUCCAAUUCUUCACCGGGAUCUCAAACCACAAAAUGUUUUGAUUGAUGUUAAAGGAAAGGCCAGAUUAGCCGACUUUGGCAUAAGCAGACGUUUACUCAAAGGCCAAACGACUUUGCGCACAGCCAGCGCAGGAACAAAAUGCUGGAUGGCCAAGGAGACUUUAGCAGGAGAAGCCAACAUACCAUACAAGUCCAACACUGAUAUGCAGGUGGCGGGGAUGCUGAUUUAUUAUAUCCUCUCGGGAGGACACCAUCCGUUCGGUGAUAAACCCUAUGAGUAUGAGUACAACAUUCAUGAAGGGAAGUACACUUUGGACCAUGUUCAAGACAUUGUGGCAAAGGAUCUAAUCGAGUGGAUGAUCCAUGAAGAACCUAAGAGCAGACCUAAAGUGGAACAAUGCUUGAGUCAUCCUUUCUUCUGGGCUUGUGAAAGGAGAGUCGAUUACCUGCGAAAGAUUGGUAACAGGACGGAGGUGGCAAACUAUCGAAAUGCUGACAAGGAACUGAUUUGUUCACUGGAAAAAUGUGCUGGGGAGAAAUCUUUCAAACAGUGGAAAAAUAAGUUUCCACCAGAGUUGGUUCAGAAGAUGGACAGCAGGAAGAAACCCUAUCAUGAAAACACAUUGGGAUUACUUCGCUUCAUACGAAACCUCCAUGAGCAUUAUGCCAAGGAUGCAGCCCAAGUUGAUGUGAUGACGAUAUUUCCUGAUCUCUUUGGAUGUGUUUUCACGUUUGCUAAAAAUCAUGGGUGGAAUUCAGAGACUCCCCUGAGGGAAAUGUUUCGUAGAGAAGAUAUCACCACCAGCUUUGUAAAGCUGUCCAUAAGCCAUAAGGAGCACCAUGGUGUCCCAGUUCAAGAGUCUGAUCCCACUGGAAGUUUGAAGAUUCAAAAAUGAUUAAGGACUUCAAAACAUUAGAGUCUUAUAAGCUGUCACAGAAAAAAACUAUAUAAUAGGCAAAACAUCAGCAAUACUGGGACUCAAGACUGCACUAGAAAUCAUUAUAGCAAGACUAAGAACUAAGAUCAACAAGUGGUUGUACAUGUAUUGUAAAUAGUCACCAUCCUCCAAAGCUUACAGUAAGUCAGUAGUCUAUAAAACAUUCACAUACUGAAGUACAUACACUUAUUGUCACUUGUGUAUUUUCAUUUUUUAACAUUUUAUACUCUAGUUCAACAACAAUCUGUAUAAGUUUGUACUUUUAUUUUGCCACAUUAUCUGAUGGCUGUUGAUUCUACUUAUUUUGCAGUUUAAAGCCCACAGGACUGAAAUGUUACUGUUGGGGCAAUAGCUCAUUCUGCAAAUACAGGAGCAAAGUAGUGAGGGAACUAGUGGAACUAAGUGCAGGUUCGCAGCAUGGGAAAGGUCCUCAAAAAGGUUGUGAUUAAAAGUAGAUACAUAGUUUGCCAGGCUAUUCAUUUUUAUCUAAAGCAAUAUUUGAGCCUCUCCGGGCCCCUCUCCUCCACUGAGAGGUGCACAUGGUUUAGUGCGCUGUUGCAGGGGGGUGGACAGAAGUAUUUAGUCUCUAAAUGUGGUUUUGCUGUAUUGCUCAGGAGUUGAGGUGGAGCGGUCAUGCUAUUUCACAAAAGUAAAACCAGGCUACAAAGCACUAACGCAAAAUAGAGAAGAAAAACUGUAAUCCUUUGAUCAUUCUUAGACAAGAUGAAACUUAAUGUGAUUAUACGGCACACUUGUUACCCUGGCAAACAAUUAUGUUCCCUCUCAUUUCAGACACUGAUAUUUCCAGCCGUACGUCAAAAUAAGAAUUUACAAUAAUAUGUAGGCCUAUUUCUCUUCUUUAGCUUUGAAAUUCAAUGAAUAAUAUCAUGUGAAUAAGAAUGAUUAAAUAAAGUUUUUUUUUG